AUAUAUUUCAAAUAUAAUGAGCACAGCAUUCUAGAUGAAGAGAUUACAAUUCGAAGAAUAAAAUUUAGAAGAGAAUUUAGAUUAACUUCCUCCAAAUUGCACUUAUAAAAAAGUUUCCAAUUAAGCAUACGUAGUUCAGUAUAUUGGAGAGAAAGGAACACCUCAUGAGGGUAAAAUAUAUUCAAUAUUAUAAAUAGGUGCUUAUAUUGUUGUUGAUGUUGAUUUAUGUGGUUCUAAUGGAUCUCCAGGAUUCCCAGCUGAAGCUCCAAAUAUUACAUUCAGAAAUGGAUUUUAACAUGUCAAUGUAUAUCCAAUGGGAAAAUUGUGUAUGUAUCUUUCAAAUAAGGAAACUUUUACUUCAGGCACAACCCUCUUAGAAAUAUUUUCAGGCAUUAAUUAAGUUAUUCAUCAGUAUUAAUUUUAUAAUAAUUUCACAGUCCAACAUUUCAUGAUCCAGCCAAUGCAUCAAUUAUGAUUUCAGAGGGAGGAAAAGGUUAUGAUCAGAAAAUGAGAGAUCAAGCAAAAAAAUUAAGUCAACCUUAAUUUAAAGCAAUAUGAUGGAGAU